AUUUAUGUCGAAAUUUGUGAAAACCAUAUGAGUGGUAAAAAUGAAUCACUAGAACCGCAUUGUAGCAAAAUGGCACCAUGUCACUGUGAAAUUCUUUGCAAAAGUCAAGAAAACAUGUUGAACCAAUAUAAAUAAUUUAAUUUGAGCCUGAAAUAUCUUACACCGGUUGUCCCUAAGGCACAUGUGGACAUGUGGACUGUAUGUGGACUUUAAUUUGGCAUGAAAUGGUACGCUUAAGUGACUUAAUUUUUUUGUUUAUUCUGACAAAAUAGUACAAUGUUGCAGGCAAAAUUGAAUAUUUCAAAAUUUCAUCAGCUGGAAAGGCAAUAUCGUAGCCCUUAGACCCUUUUAAAUCCCACGAAGCAUAGUUGAGCUACCGGAUGCACCGGUACACGCUACUAAGAAUACACCCAGUGAAGCAUGGGCAUCGUCCGAUUCAAUUCUUUCCCCCACUAUCCUGUAUCAUGCGCUAGUACGAACUCCAUAAUGAACAUUCCCCCGUGGUGGACCUCCGCUACCAACACCCGCCGGGACACCCGGCGGGGGGGGGGGGAGGAUUCUCCGGAAUACUCGUUUGCUUCCCACCUCCCCACAGCCUUCGCCAGCACGCAUUUGUGACGAAUUUGCAUCCAUUUGAUUGCACCGAUGCAUAAUGCGCUUGGCCCAAUUUUUCCUGCGCCCCCCCCCCCCCGCAAUGCUGCGCUUUGCAACGUUUUGCUGACUGCAUUUUCGGAUUCCAAUCAUCUCGUAUGCCUUUUGACAUUACUUCAUUUUACCUUUCAGAAACACGCGCGCCACCCGAGUGACGAAACGAUUUCCUCGUUUUUUUUUUUUUGCUGUUGCUGCUGUUGUUCGGUGUUUGUUCGGUGGAUGCAUUUAAGCGCUUUUUGGGUCGAAAAAUGAUUUCCCUAUGCCCUAUUGUACGCCGCACAGUGUGUGGAUGUGUGUGUGUGUGUGUGUGUGUGCGGACGCAAUGGAGGAAAACGGAGGCAAAUGCUCGUUCAAACGGUUCGCCAACGUUAUUAUGUUUCGUUUUGCCAUUAUGCAUUGCCAAGCGGAAUGACAUGCUUGUGUGGCGGUGUAUCAGGUAGUGGGGAGACGGCGGGGGUUCUACCGCGCACAACACCCAUCCCUUCCUUCCAUUUUUGCCUUUGCGUGCCGAGCGAGCGUGUAAAAGAUGAAGGGAUGGUUUGAAGAAAAAAGCGCACAAAAUAAAACCAAACAGCAAAAAAACGCCAAAGAAGAAGCAAGCCAGGGAAUUCUGGCAGAGGGUGAGGCGGAUGGUGUAACCCUGUGUAAAGGGUUGGCAGGGAGCACGCAAGGAACCUGCACGGCUGUGUGUAACUGCUGCGAAAUUGCAAGCGUACUGAACACACACAACAAAAAAACCGCCACUGGAAAAAUGAAAGCGACAGCAAUCGUUCUUAUCCUGUGUGCGAAGGAGAGGGGGCGAAGAAGAUGAAGGGGUAAGAAAGGGUUUCUCGUGGGAAAGAGUCGGUUGCUUUCGGUGGGUGGUUCCCAUUGUAGGCAACACUGCUGACAAGGGAAAUAGAUCACAAACCAGCCAGCAUCGCUCCCACCCGUAACCAAUGUGGACGAAACCGCACAUACACACACACACACACACACACACACACACACAUGUAAGAGAAGAAUUUGUGUGAGUGUAUGCGAGCAAGGAGCGAGCGAGCAGACGGCCAAAGCAAGCCGAGCCUGCCUGAGCGGGAUGGAGUUAGCAGCGCAAACGAAGGUAUCGCUAACGCCCGGCACAGGCGGGCGUUGGGCACAGUUUGAAAUUGGUCGGCGCGAGAACGCACGUGCUCGCCCAGCUGCGGUCGCCCGGUCCCGGUCGUAAAGCGUGAUUUGCAUGAAUCUGCAUACAGCUGCGAGGGGCGUAGGACGCACUGGGCUGUGAUCGUGUGUCCUGGCUGGCCGCUACGGGUGCGUCCAGUGUCCAGUUGGCGCGUGUAGUCGACGCGUCUCACGAGCUUCCCAAGCCGUGAUCGCGAGCAUCCCGAGCGAAACAGUGUCCUUCGCCGCUCAAGCAUGGCACAAGCCGCGGUUCGCUUGCUCGCCCUCGCCUUCGUGCUGCUGCCGGCUUUCUUCGCCCUGACUAAGCAAACUGCAGCUAGCACGCUUAACCAACUCAGCUCUAUCGACCAGAGACGAAUCGUUUCCUCAAACACAUCUAUCAAUGGUGAGGGAAGUCUCGUUGGGAAAAAGUACAAAUUCUUCUACCUCGUUCCAAGUAUCGAGCUAUUGAAGUACACGCCUGCCGCUGGAUAUAAUGCAACCCAUCUGCAACCCAUCGUUACCGGCCCGGGCAGUCAUCGGAACGCCUCCCAGGCCAAAGUGCUGCUGCUCACACCGUCCUUUGUAGCACUUGGGGACGGCGGUUCCCAGGCCCCCAACCGGCAUACCGAUACGGACCAGCACCGCCUGUCGGUGGAGCUGCACAAGCUGCGCCAUUUUGCCACCAUCGCCGGUGUACAGCCGAGCAGCACUGGCAGUAAGCAGCGCUCCAAUCCACGUACCUUACUGGAUAGCGACGAGUCGGCCCGGGAACACACCGCAUCUAGGUACCGUGCGUUAUCGCCGGACGCCGGACUUCACACAGGCCACGGUUCUAACCGGUACUACAUCUAUACCGAUCCUAUACGUCCUCGAGGACUCGAGGCAGAACCGGAGGCGGAUGACGGUGCCCAACGGCAAAGAGCAGACGGAGCAACACGGAACGAAAGGGAGCAUCCGGUGGCAUCGCAUGUAUAUCACCGACAGGCACGAUCGUUCAACAGUACUGAGGAGGAGCCCGGGGAGCGGGAGAAGAGCGAUCGCUUCAAACGCCGCAGUGCCGUGGACGAUAUGUUAAGCAAGAACAUUACGAUCAUACUGGAGAAUCUGCUGAAGCGAUACGAAAACUCACAAAUGCCAACGCAUGGACAAGGUGUACCUACCUUAGUGCAAACCAACAUACUUAUACGAAGCAUGGGCCCAGUGUCCGAACUCGAUAUGGAUUACUCGAUGGAUUGCUACUUCCGACAGUACUGGCGCGAUAAGCGGCUCAGCUUUCGCGGCCCGAUCAAGAGCCUGUCGCUCAGUAUCAAGAUGCUGGAGCGCAUCUGGCGCCCGGACACGUACUUCUACAACGGCAAGCAUUCGCACGUGCACACGAUCACCGUGCCGAACAAGCUGCUGCGCCUGAGCCAGGAUGGUGAGAUACUGUACUCGAUGCGGCUCACGAUCAAGGCAUCCUGCCUGAUGGAGCUGCGCAGUUUUCCGAUGGACCGGCAGUCCUGCCCGCUGGUGCUGGGUAGCUAUGCCUACUCCCGCCAGCAGCUGGUGUACCAGUGGAAGGAUGAGGACUCGGUCAACUUCGUGCCGGGCAUGACGCUCAGCCAGUUCGAUCUGAUGAGCUUCGGGCAGAAGAACUACACGUUCAUUAGGCGCGAGGGCGAAUUCUCCGUCCUGCACGUGUCGUUCAAUCUGCAGCGCCACACCGGCUACUUCCUGAUACAGGUGUACGUGCCGUGCAUUCUGAUAGUGGUGCUGUCGUGGGUGUCGUUCUGGAUUCACCGAGAGGCGACGAGCGAUCGGGUCGGGCUGGGCAUCACGACCGUGCUGACGCUGUCCACCAUCAGUUUGGACUCGCGCACCGAUCUGCCGAAGGUGCGGUACGCCACCGCCCUCGACUGGUUUCUGCUGAUGAGCUUCUUCUACUGCAUCGCAACACUGCUCGAGUUUGCCGGCGUGCACUAUUUCACGAAGGUCGGCAGUGGUGAGAUACCGCUGGACGAGGAGGAAUGGGAAGACAUGGAGGGUGUGGAGGAGAUACGGGACCUGCCGACGCUGCAGCAGCAUCUCAGCACGGCCGCCGCGAUCGAGUCACCGCGGCUGCUCGCUGCCCGGCGCCGCAGCUCCCUGAUCUGUCCCAUUUACAACGACCCGACGCACAUGUUCAAGCCGACCUCGUCCCACCUGUCCACGAUGGAGCGCACCACGCAGACGGAACCGCCGAAGGAGCCAACCUGGAAGCAGGUCUGGCUGUGCUUCCUCGGGGAUGACCAGUUCCGGCGCCGUCGCCAGCGGGAAGCUUCAGCCCGAGGUGGCGGCAAUCGGCACAUUAACAGCGUAUCGCUCAUCGAUCAGGCGGCUCGCGUUCUGUUCCCGGCGUCGUUCACGUUUUUCAACAUUCUCUACUGGCUCGUCUACUACACGUACCAGGCCGACUUCACCUGGACACCGUUGAAGGAGGUUUAAAGCUCGCCUCGCCCGCCAUUCGCCAACAUUUCGCGUAAGUAGUAACAUUCUUCACAUGCCUUAUACCGGCGGUAGGGGAAAAUAUUCCAGCCGCACGAGAAGCUUCUCCCUUAAAGAGGGGAAAUUCCUCCCUUAAACAACCGGCAUGCCAGCAUAGGGUGUAAUGCGUACAAUGAACCGUCUUAACAGUGGAAGCUGCUUGCAAAGGGACAGGAUGAAACAACGGAAAAAUGAAAUGUAUACUUCCCUGUACGAUUUAUGAAAGCUAAUUUGCCAGCGUUCUCUUAGCAGUAGAUUUCAAUUGAAAGGAUCCAGUAAUUGCCAGCCAGCACUAGGAAGCUAAAGUCCACUCAUCGAAAUUGAACGCACUCCGUCUAAAAGAAAGCCGUAUCCGAAUUCAACCAGAAACAGGUUUCCAUCCAAACGAAUCUAAAGCCCAAUGGUUUCAACUCGAAGCAGGUAGUCAAGGUAGGAAAAAUAUACCAAACAUUUUGAGCAUCUGUUAAGUAUGAUUAAGAAAAGUGAACGUGGAAGAGCAAAAGCGCAUCUUUGUAUACAACACCCAGUAGCCCGAAAUGCGAGCCUCCUCCUUAUUCCCACAGGUCGAUUAAAGCAAAGAACGUUGGUUAAUGUAUGUAGAACGAUUAGCAAAUAAACUGGCACGUGUUGAAGCAAU